CACACUAUAUAGUUUCAUUUCCAGUUUUCCACUACAAUAUUGGUCCUUAAUUAAUUGAAGUGGGACCACUCCAUAUCGUGAAACCAAUCUUCUCAGUUGACAAACAAAACGGACGGAAGUUCUAUUAUAAAUAGCAAACUAUAGAUCCCAUCACUUCAAGAAAUCCGAAAAUUCAAUUUAAAUCUCAUGAAAAUGGAAGAUCAAGGCGUAAGUGCUAUUACUAUGAAGAGAAUUCUCCUUGUGAUAAAUUGUUUGAUAUUAUCUAUUGGUGUUUGUGGUGGUCCUUUAAUGAUGCGUUUAUAUUUUGUUGAAGGGGGUUCAAGAAUUUGGCUUAGUAGUUGGUUACAAACCGGUGGAUGGCCACUCACCCUUAUACCUCUAGCCGUCCUAUACUUCUAUCGUCGAAAAAUCAAAGGCUCUGAUACCAAAUUUUAUUUCAUAACACCUCGAAUUUUUAUUGCAUCAUUCGUCAUUGGGGUUGUCAUAGGAUUAGAUGAUUUUUUUUAUUCGUGGGGCGGGUCAAAACUCCCCGUGUCAACUUCUUCGCUUCUUAUAGCCGCUCAACUUGCCUUCACGGCAAUAGGUGCUUUCUUCAUAGUGAAGUUGAAGUUGACUUCUUAUUCUAUUAAUGCAGUCGUCGUGUUGACAGUUGGCGCGGUUUUAUUAGGUAUUCGGGCAAACAGUGAUCGUCCAGAGGGAGUGACUAGUAAAGCGUAUGUUAUUGGUUUUAUUAUGACCCUUUCGGCUGCAGGUUUGUAUGGACUUAUUAUACCUUGUAUUGAGUUGAUUUACAUGAAGGCAAAACAGGCUAUUACUGCAACGUUGGUGUUGGAGAUUCAAAUGGUCAUGUGUUUUGCUGCAACUGCUUUUUGUACUAUAGGAAUGAUUGUUAAUAAGGACUUUCAGGCAAUAUCAAGGGAGGCAAAACAAUAUAACCUAGGAGAAGCUAGAUAUUAUAUAGUGCUAGUAUGGAGUACUAUUAUUUGGCAAUGCUUUUAUGUGGGUGCAAUUGGAGUUAUUUACUGUUCUUCUUCUUUGAUGUCUGGAAUUUUACUGGCAGUUUUACUUCCAGUUACUGAAGUAUUAGCAGUAAUUUUCUUUAAAGAGAAAUUUUCAGGUGAAAAGGGACUUUCUCUUUUUCUUUCUCUUUGGGGUUUUGUCUCAUACAUGUAUGGAGAAUACAAACAAGAAAAGCAGAAGAACAAUAAAAGUCAAGAAAAUGAGAUGACCACAAUGAAUAGUGAGUGUGUUUGAUUUUUAUUAGUACAUUAUAUAAAGGGGUUUGUUUUUUGUACAUAAUACUGUAAGUGGCUUUCAUUUCAUUUCUACUUUGAUGUUUGUAAUUUGUAAUGUUGCUAUUAGACAUGUAAUAAUUAAUAUUGUAGUAUUUGAAAGUUUUGCAGUUUGUUGCCACCAAA